GCGCAACCUAGCGCGGCGCGGAGACCCGCGGGCGCGCCUGGGACCUCGCAGAUCCCGCGCCGGAGUUCGCGGCGCGCUCCAGACAAGAUGGCGCGGCCGGCCGGGGAAGCGCCUGGGGCCCCGCACCGCGCGCCCUGCCUACUCCUGCUCUGGCUGCUGCUGCUGCUGCUUGGGCCGGAGACGGAGACUGCUGAGCCCGGCACGCGGCCCCCCUGCGCGGCCGCCUGCACUUGCGCCAGGGACGCGCUGGACUGCGCCGGGCGCGGGCUGACCGCAGUGCCUGGGGACCUGCCCGCCUGGACACGGAGCCUGAAUCUGAGUUACAACAAACUGUCUGAGAUUGACCCUGCUGGUUUUGAGGAUUUGCCAAAUCUACAGGAAGUGUACCUCAAUAACAAUGAGUUGACAGCAAUACCAUCCCUGGGUGCUGCUUCAACGCAUGUCAUCUCUCUCUUUCUGCAGCACAAUAAGAUUCGAAGUUUGGAGGGGAGUCAUCUGAAGGCAUACCUGUCAGUGGAAGUGUUGGAUCUGAGUUCAAACAACAUCACAGAAAUCCGGAGCACCUGCUUUCCACAUGGACUGCGCAUAAGAGAGCUCAAUCUGGCAAGCAACCGCAUCGGCACCCUGGAGUUGGGAGCAUUUGAUGGUCUGUCACGGUCGCUCCUUACUCUUCGUCUGAGCAAAAACAGGAUCACCCAGCUUCCUGUAAAAGCAUUCAAGUUACCCAGGCUGACACAACUGGACCUCAACCGGAAUCGGAUUCGGCUCAUCGAGGGCCUCACAUUCCAGGGGCUCGACAGCUUGGAGGUGCUAAAGCUUCAGCGGAACAACAUCAGCAAGCUGACUGAUGGUGCCUUCUGGGGGCUAUCCAAGAUGCAUGUGCUGCAUCUGGAGUACAAUAGUCUGGUGGAGGUAAACAGCGGCUCACUAUAUGGCCUCACAGCCUUGCACCAGCUACACCUCAGCAACAAUGCCAUCUCUCGCAUUCACCGUGAUGGCUGGAGCUUCUGUCAGAAGCUGCACGAGCUGAUUCUGUCCUUCAACAACCUCACACGUCUGGAUGAAGAGAGCCUGGCCGAGCUGAGCAUCCUGAGCAUCCUGCGGCUUAGCCACAAUGCCAUCAGCCACAUCGCCGAAGGCGCCUUCAAGGGACUCAGAAACCUGCGUGUCCUGGAUCUGGACCACAAUGAGAUUUCAGGCACAAUAGAGGAUACUAGUGGUGCCUUUGCCGGGCUCGACAACCUCAGCAAGCUGACUCUGUUUGGAAACAAGAUCAAGUCUGUGGCUAAGAGAGCAUUCUCGGGGCUGGAAGGCCUGGAGCACCUAAACCUGGGAGAGAAUGCCAUUAGGUCUAUCCAGUUGGAUGCCUUUGUAAAGAUGAAGAAUCUUAAAGAGCUCCACAUCAACAGUGAGAGCUUCCUGUGUGACUGCCAGCUGAAGUGGCUGCCCCCGUGGCUAGUGAGCAAGACACUGCAGGCCUUUGUGACAGCCACUUGUGCCCACCCAGAGUCACUGAAGGGCCAGAGCAUUUUCUCAGUACCGCCAGAAGGUUUUGUAUGUGAUGAUUUCCCAAAGCCACAGAUCAUCACCCAGCCAGAGACAACCAUAGCUGUGGUGGGCAAGGACAUCCGGUUCAUGUGCUCAGCAGCCAGCAGCAGCAGCUCCCCUAUGACCUUUGCUUGGAAGAAGGACAGUGAGGUCCUGGCCAACGCUGACAUGGAGAACUUUGCCCAUGUCCGUGCUCAGGAUGGAGAGGUGAUGGAGUACACCACCAUCCUGCACCUCCGUCAUAUCACUUUUGGGCAUGAGGGCCGCUACCAGUGUGUCAUCACAAACCACUUUGGCUCCACCUACUCGCAGAAAGCCAGGCUCACUGUGAAUGUGUUGCCAUCAUUCACUAAAAUGCCCUACGACAUCGCCAUCCGGACUGGUACCAUGGCCCGCCUCGAGUGUGCUGCCACUGGCCACCCUAACCCCCAGAUUGCCUGGCAGAAAGAUGGAGGCACAGACUUCCCUGCUGCGCGUGAGCGACGUAUGCAUGUCAUGCCAGAUGAUGAUGUGUUUUUCAUCACUGAUGUGAAAAUAGACGACUCGGGGGUUUACAGCUGCACUGCCCAGAAUUCAGCUGGCUCCAUUUCAGCAAACGCCACCCUGACUGUCUUAGAAACUCCAUCCUUGGCAGUGCCCUUAGAAGACCGCGUGGUGUCUCUGGGAGAAACGGUGGCGCUGCAGUGCAAAGCAACUGGGAGCCCCGCACCUCGAAUCACCUGGUUCAAGGGUGACCGUCCACUGAGCCUCACUGAGCGGCACCACUUCACACCCGGCAACCAGCUACUGGUUGUUCAGAAUGUGGUGGCAGAAGACGCGGGCCGCUACACAUGUGAGAUGUCCAACACCCUGGGCACAGAGCGUGCGCAUAGCCAGCUGAGCAUAUUGCCUGCCCCUGGCUGUAGGAAGGAUGGGACCACGGUGGGCAUCUUCACCAUCGCUGUGGUGUGCAGCAUUGUCCUGACAUCUCUGGUCUGGGUGUGCAUCAUCUACCAGACCAGGAGGAAGAGCGAGGAGUACAGUGUCACCAAUACAGAUGAAACCAUUGUGCCACCAGAUGUUCCAAGCUAUCUCUCUUCUCAGGGGACUCUUUCUGACCGGCAGGAGACUGUGGUCAGGACAGAGGGUGGCCAUCAGGCCAGCAAACACAGUGAAAGCAAUGGUAUUUGCCUGAGAGAUGCAAGCCUCUUUCCAGAGGUCAACGUUCAUGCCAUCACAUGCAGGCAGCCCAAGCUCUCUGUGGGAUAUAUUAAAGAGCCUUGGAAGGUGACAGAAAAAGCCAAUGGGACACCUGGUCCACCUAAGAUGGCAGGAGAGAAGCAGCCUGUGCCUUGUGUGGAGUUGGAGACUUCUGUGAUGAUGAUGGUUCCAUCUUUGCUCUGUCCUUCAGAACACAAUGGCCCUGUUAUAUGUAGUGACUGCAACAGUGAUAUGGACAGUUAUUCCAAGGAACACGUCUUCUAUCAUCAGCCUGUGUCCAAAGACAGUGCACAGCCAAGUACAGCAGGUGGCCAGGAGCCCAGUCAGAAUCAUCGAGAACAUUCUUCAAAGCACCCUCACAGUGGGACUAUUGAGGGGUCCUGCACUGACUGCAGGGGUUCCCUGUACCCCAGUAAUCACGAUAGAAUGUUGCCAUCCUUGCAGAAAAAGCCAGUGGCAUCUCUAGAUGGAAAAGGGGAUUCAUCUUGGACUUUAGCAAGAUUGUAUGAAUCAGACUCCAUAAACCAAGAGCCUCCAUCUACAUUAACUUCAGGCAACCCAGAACUCCCAGAAGCCCAGCACUUGCUUGUUUCUAAUGGCCAUCUCCCCACAGCAUGUGGCUCUGGUCCUGAGUCCACACCGCUUACAGGACAGCUCCCCAGGAAGUGGAGGGGACCACUGCUGUUGGCACCAAAAAGCUAAGCUUUGUCUACCUCAGCUCUUGUCAUGCUUUUGUCAGCAGGAAAGAGGUAGGAGAGGCUAUGCGGAAGCUGGGCUUAAGCAUCACUGAUCUGUACAUUCUUAACUCUGUAUGCAAUACCAGUCACAGGACUUGCAUCCAAAGCACAGAAAUGCAAGAGGCUAUUUGUGUACAAAAGGCAGAAAAAGUAUUUGAUACCAUUGUACAUAAGAGUUUUCAGAGAUUUCAUAUAUAUUAUAUAUCUUUUACAGAGGCUAUUUUAAUCUUUUAGUGCAUGGUUAACAAAAGAAUUAUACAAUUUUGACUAUUAUUUUUCAUAUCAGGUUGCUGUUUAAAUUUGAGGGGGGUGGGGAAUAGUUCUGGUGCCUUAAUGCACAGCUGGAACUUUGUGAGGUGAAAACCACAUUUGCUCCCCAGCACUUCUGGUGGGUUGGGAAGAAUGAGAAGUCCUCAGCUUCCCAUGCCAGUCAGACUGCCCGUGUUGUGUACAAGUCACUCACUCAUCUCUGCAGAGUAACUAACUACUUAUUGUAGGUUUAAGUCCAUUCUUUAAGGAGGAGAAUUGUUAAGCCACCACAAUUAAGCACUGCCUUUCUUCCUACUUUGAAGUUCAUUUUAUGAUAAAACCAAAUGUCUUAUCUGGAUCCUCGGAUUGUUAUUUGAAGCUUUUUAUUAAGGCAAAGGCUGCUGGUGUUGGUACCUGUGGAUUUUUUUCAAUACUGAAGUUUUAGUUCUGCCAAUAUAUGACAUUGGAGGAUGAAAAGGAUAAAGUUCUCACUUUUCAGGGCUAGCUUAUUUCUACUGAAGAGCCAGAGCAGGCCUGUCCACACUUUCCCCUCGCACAGAUGGAACUGGGCUUGGACUGUACAAAAUUUAGCCCUAGACCUGGGUAUAUUUGCACUUUGGAGACUUGUAGCUAACCAUCUUGUGAGUGCCAAUGUGUAAUUCGGCAAGAAUUACCUUGAAACAAGCAAGGUCUUUAAAAUCUCAGAGCAAGUUCCUUUAGUCAAACGCUGAAGGGAAGUGUUGACAAAAUGGUUACCUAUGUCAAAUUUUACUGUCAGAGGUCAUCACUGUUCCAAAAGGUAAGCACAUUUAGAAUUUUGUUCACAAGUUAACUAAUGUUACUUCCACAAAAUAUGUGAAUUUGCUGCUUCUGAGAGGCAAUGUGAAAGAGGAAGUAUUACUUUUAUGUACAGUUAUUUAUUUAUAGAAAUUUUGGUACAGUGUACAUUGAAAAAACAUGUAAAAUAUUGAAGUGUCUAACAAGUGGCAUUGAAGUGUCUUUAAUAAAGGUUCAUUUAUAAAUGACCCUAGCCAUAAACUUAA